GUUGCUGGGAACUCCCCUGUGAGGGAACAAAUUAAGAGAUAAAUUUGAAUGAAAAGAAGUGGGAAAAGAAUACUACAACAACAAUAAAACAAAACUUUAGGAUUGACUACAUGAAUCUUUUUUUACCAAUUUAUGUGAUCAUUGACCAUUGUUUUUUGAUAGAUUCAGGACUAUUAAAUUCUUUCUCACUAUCUCCUUUUAAGUUACAAAAGGAGUGGAAAAAGAAUAAAAUAAAAAAUUUGAAUUCAAACGAUAAAUUUAAUUUAAUUUCAACAAAAUUCUGUUUUAUUUUUAUGUUCUUUUUGUGUAAGAGUAUUUGGUUCACAAAAUGGAAGAAACAAAUUUUGAAUCUUCUUAGGAGGGUAUUUGUUUAUUUCUUUAUUUUUUGGUCAAUUGAAGGUUCAUAUUAGUUAUGGAUACGUAAUAGAGGUGAAUUAUUUCUCAUCACAUAUAUAUUUUUAUUCGCUUAAAGAUUUAAAUAUGAGACUUUCUAAAUUUAAUCGUUCAAAUAUCCCUUGGAAAUUUUGGAGAAUGCUAAUGUGAACCUACACUUGUUUUAGUUGUGUUAUAAUUAUUGUUGUUGGUGGUAUUAUCUAUAGGUAAGUUCGGCUAUACUAAUAAUUGUGCCACAUAUUAAGUGUUUUUUUUAAUCUAUUUUUUUUUCAUGUAAUCUAUAAUUUAUAUUAUUAUGUUUUAGAGCUCUCUAUUAAAUGAUAUAUAAAUACAUAUUAUUUUUUGUUUCUAAAAAAAUAAGUUAAUAGGGUGAGCAUAUAAUCAAAUAUAAUUUUAAAUCUAAAAUUUCUCCAAACAUAAGUUAAAAGUAUUAUCAAUAUUUUAUAUUUUGUUUAUCAAAAACAACAUUCUACAUUAAUAGAUUUCGUUUUAAUUGUAAGUUGAUUCAUGAAUUAUUACUAUAUGGUAUUUGAUAAAUUCAUUAAUAAUAAUCAAUUUUUAUUUAGAAUUUAGUGCUCGUUAGUAGAGUUAAAAAUAUUGAUUUUUCUUUAAAUUUGAGAAAAAGACAAAAUGUUACAAAAAUAUCGUACAAAACGACGUCGUUAAUCUGUAUGGAAUCAAAUGCGGUAGUUUCGUGAGGCUGUGGCCCGGGGAAGAAGAAAUCCCGCGACUGCUAAAUUUUACUACCAGUAUAUCACUGCGGUAAGAUCAGAACACACCCGCAGAGAGAGAGAGAGAGAGAGAGAGGGAGGGAGACGCCAUGAAUGAAGGUCCAAAGCUCUACGCGAACAAGCCCAAGAAAGCACAGCUCCAACAACAACAGAAGAAAGGGAAGGAUUACCCUCCAUCACCACAACCACCGGCGUCGUCGUCGUCAGCAGCGGCAUCAGCUUCAUCGUCGUCAAUGGGUGCUCAACGUCCGCCUCCUCAGUCUCCCAAAGAGUCCUUCGCUCGCCGUUAUAAGUUCAUCUGGCCUCUUCUCUUGACUGUCAAUCUCGCCGUUGGAGCUUACCUUUUCAUGAGAACAAAAAAGAAGGAUACAGGCAUUGAGGAGGAAGCUGUUGCCGAUGUUCCAGCUACUCCAGUUUCGACUAUUGCUGAAAAACCAUCCUCUCCACGUGUCACAGAGCCUGUGAAGUUGCGUGAACCAAUACCUGAGAAUCAGCAGCGUGAGCUUUUCAAGUGGUUAUUGGAAGAGAAGCGGAAGAUCAAGCCAAAAGAUAGUGGAGAAAAGAAGCGCAUCGAUGAGGAGAAAGCCAUUCUUAAACAGUUCAUUCAAGCAAAAUCCAUUCCAAGAUUCUAAUUGAUAGACAGCGAUUAAGUGAAUCGUUUCUUCUAUUUGUAUUUUCUCCUCUCUUUUCCUUACUUUUGGUGAAGUCUAGAUUGAACUUUUUUGUGUUAUAUCAAUGGAUUGAAUGUUUUUCUCCAA